AUGAUCAGUAACGACCAAAAUUACUUAAAUAUCAGUAACCAAGAGAGGACUAGGAAUACAAUUUUACCCAGGGAAAACAAGAAAUUCAGGCCAAUUUUGGGGUUAUAUUGGAGAGCAUUACCAGACAGUACCCAAGCGUCUAAAGCUGAUAAAAACACGCCUGGUAGGAAGAUCAGUAAAGAUCGAGUUUCUGCAUUGCUGUGCGCUAAUGCUGAUGGAAGUCAUAUGUUAAAGCCUGUGAUUGUAGGAAAAAUGCCAGAAAUUAGAAGAUAUCAAACAAAAAUUUUGAAAAUUCCUGACGAUAAAGUGAAGACCUUAGUUCUACUGGACAAUUAUUGUCCAGCACAUCCACAGAAGAAGCUUUUAAAUGAAAUUUCGGAAGUCGAGGAACCAGCUGCAGGAGAAGAAGAUAGAAGAGGUUAUAAAACGUUACAAAAUCUCAAAGAUUACAAUAUCAGAUCUAUGAUUUAUAAUUUCGCAUCGGCUGUCAAAGAUAUAAAACUUUCAACUUUGAUUAACUCGUGGAAAAAACUAUUAAUAAAUGAAGAGGUUGAAUCAGAUACGGCUGAAUUAGAAACAGACGAUUUUCACAACAUUUUCCACCAAGGAGGUGAAAAUUCAGCUACACUGGAAGACAUUGAAGGAGGAGAUUGUGUGACUGCUACAGAAAACCCUGAAUCGGAUGAAUAUGAUCAAGAAGAAGCAGAUGAUAACGUAAACCCUAAGCCAAAACUUGGUGAAAUUAAAGAUCAUCUAAACAUUGUAAUUAAAUACGUUGAAGAUAACAACGAUGAAAACAUAUCUGCGUAUCAUGAGCAUCUAAGGCAUCUUCGCGAGUUAAUCAUUAAAGAAAUCACUGUGAAAGGAAGACAACCAAAGAUAAGCAGUUUUUUCAAACCAGUGUCAAGUGUGAAUAAUGAAGGUGUGCCUUAA